AAUGCUCGUUGUAACCACACCAUUACCACAAGCUCUCUAUCGUUAUCAAGAAGAAGGUAGCAGAACCUGGUAGAGCAACGCAUAGAGGAGAGUUUGCACUUUGCACACACAACAGCACCAAGAGAAUGGCCACCACACCCUCUUCCUUUGCCACUAUGGUCACCACCUCCUUCCUAAGGAAGCAACCAAUGAGCACAAGCCUCAAGGCAUUCCCCAACUCUAACACCUUGUUUGGUGUGAAAGGAGGAUUUGGAGGACGUGUGACUGCCAUGGCCACGCACAAGGUGAAGCUGAUCACACCAGAGGGACCACAUGACUUUCAGUGCCGUGAUGAUACGUACAUUCUUGACGCGGCUGAGGAUCUUAACAUUGACCUUCCCUACUCAUGCAGGGCUGGUGCUUGCUCUUCAUGUGUUGGCAAAGUUGUGAGUGGCGAAGUGGAUCAGUCAGACAGUAGCUUCCUUGAUGAUGGCCAAAUCAACGAUGGAUUUGUUCUCACCUGUGUUGCUUACCCCAAGUCAGAUGUUGUUAUUGAGACUCACAAGGAGGACCAGCUCUAGUUAACUUGAGUUUGAUUUUGUACCAUUUUCUCAGGAUAUUAUUAUGCUUGUUUUGUGAGAGGUAGUGAUUACAAAAUUAAGUCUUGGUAGACAGAAGUAUAGUGUGUUACUAUAUAUUAAGGGACAUUAUUCAUGUUUGAAAGAUAUUAUUCCUUCUUAUGUAACCACUAUGCAUUUAUCAUUCACAUUAUGCCCAUUAGUAGUUUAAUUAUGUGUUUAUGCAAUGGUUAUGAGUUACUCUAUAGUUGAGGACCAAGUGAGCAAUUCAUGGAGCAGGUGUAACAAUAUAAUAGAAUUUCCUCUAUUUCUCA